UGUGCUGUUGUGCGACCCUACGGACUCUCAGAACCCUUCUCUGGUGGCGCUGAAUUCACGCGAAAUGAUCUCUAUGUUACGCUCCUCUCAGGCAACUUUGAGAAGUCUGGGAAGAAGAAUGACUUCACAGUUGAAGUGGAGGUGACUCUGCGCGACGCAGCCGGCCACGUAGUGAGUUUCGCCGCCCAACAACUCCUGCGAAUCACCCUGCCCUGGCGUCCGGAGGCGGCCUUCGAGCCAACGGCCACUCGAUACUCCCAGUCGGAAAGUCUUGGCGGAGACUCCGUAAACGAACUGAUGGAGGCCCAAUCCCCAGGCGCCGUCUGCACUCCUGCUGGCCUUGUUCCCGGUGUGCACUUGCGUUUUUUGCGGAUUUUUAAAACAGACACCGGAAUCAAGCGCGUCCCGGUUGUCAUCUCACAGUUCUGCUAUGCAGUGUACCACUAUUUGAUGGCACCUGGCGAAGUCACCCUUCGCAAGUGCAAGUUUUAA